GGCGUGAAAUUUUUUGCUUGCAAGAGCCAAGGCUGCCAAGAACUAUAGUACUCACACGUUUGACAACACCAUUUGCGCAUGCAUAGACGGGACUGGUCACGAGUCUAUGAUGCAUGAUCGAUGGUCUCCAUGGUCUCUUGAGCUCUUCCGACAGGCGCGCUACACACCUAUUUCCGCUUCACGAAGCAAGUCAUGCGCUACCUUCUCGUUCUCAACGUGACUAGUGAAUCUGCAAGAGCGUAUGGCUACCCUCCACGACAUGAUGUUUUGAUGACGAAAUUUAUCGAGGCAGAUAUAAAGCCUGGUCGUGAGGGCCGGUAAUCGUUGAGGCUCUCGCUAGUUUUCACUUUUCUUGUUACCAAUACCCAUGGUGAAAUUUACUAUCCUCGCAGGAGGAUACACCUCCUACAUCGCCUCGUAUAUGUUCAAUAGUGAGACGAACAAUUUGACAUACUUGAACCAGUACAUCACUGGCGGCAAUCCAUCGUGGAUAAUCUCGCACCUACGAACAAGAGUAUUCUUUAUGCAACCAACGAGAACGUCCCUACAGGCGCAUUACAAUCAUUCACGGUCGGGACCUGAAGGAGCACUCACCCUUGUCGAUACUGCAUACUCUGGAGGGAGUGGCCCGCCGUAUUGCGGCGGUCUCUCCACGGGUCAGGUAGCCAUAGCCAACUACGGCUCCGGAACUGCGCGUGUGAUCCCCACGACCACAGAUCCGUUGCACUUCUCCACCAAUGACAGCACCAUUGUGACAUUCCCUGUCCCAACCACUGGAACGCAGGGCGUGUCCGAACCACAUAUGGCAUAUCAAUACGGCGAGGAGCUCUUGAUCCCUGACAAGGGCAACGACAAAAUCUGGCGUCUCGGCCAGAACGGGUCACAGGUAACUUCUCGGUACACGGUCAAAUCGCGCAGCCGAUCGGCAGCGGCCCACGGCACAUUCAGAUUUACGCACACAGAGAACCAGCUCUACACAGUCCACGAGCUCGCAAGUACCCUGACACUCCAAGACUUCCCCGCAUACCCCAACUUCUCCACUCCCCUCAUCUCCAACGUUCCAUUGUCCCCACAGUAUCAACCUGCAGGCUCCAGCUUCGCAGGUGCCGAAGUCCUUAUCCCACUUCCAACAGCUGAGUUCCCGACCCCUUACAUCUACACCUCGAACCGCAACCACUGGUGUACAGGACCCACGAACCAGGUAUACACGGGCCUAGACCAGAUUCGCGGCAUGAUGCAUGGGCAGCAAGCCGGCGAGGGAGGUGAUGCGUAUAUCGUGGCUGCCGGUAUGCGGGGCACUGCGGGCGUCAAGGUGUUCAAGCGAACAGAGGGAGGCGCAAAUUUGGAGGAGGUUGCAGUGAAUACAGAGCUUCCGACACGUACAAGCUUCGUAUGGUUGAAACAAUAG